AUACAGAUUUGGUAAAGACUAAUAAUUCGAGAUUAUUGUACCAAGUCAACGUGUUUCACGUGCAAGAUAUGUCCCACUUAUAUAAAUAAGGUGAACAAGGUGUCACCACCCUAAACAACAUAACAUAUUGUAAUAACUCUCGUUUUUCUCUCCUUGAAAUACCGCGAGAAUAAUGGAUUCAAGAUUCAUCCACAGCACUCAUUCCUCAAGAUGUGAUCAUAAGCCUGAGAACGACUCGAAUAGCCGCGAUGAAGAGAGAAGUAUCAAAUACUCUUUUGUGAGUGCUCUAUGUAUGAGCGGAGGAGAGGGAGACAACAGCUACUCCACCAAUUCUCUUCUUCAGAGAAGAGUAUUAGCAAAGGCUAAGCCGGUCUUGGUUAAGAACAUAAAGGAGCUGAUGAUGGACUUGAAAUUUCCUAAAUACAUUAAAGUAGCUGAUUUGGGCUGCUCUUCAGGACAAAACACGUUCUUGACAAUGUCUGAAAUCAUCAAUACAAUCAAUGUGUUCUAUCAAAAGUGGAACCAAAACCCACCAGAAAUAGAUUGUUGUCUAAACGAUCUCCCUAAUAACGAUUUCAACACGACAUUCAAACUCAUAAAUUCUUUCAAAGAGAAAAACUCCACAAGUAAAGUACCAUACUUCGUAUCUGGAGUACCAGGUUCCUUCUACUCGAGACUCUUCCCUCGUAAGAGUCUCUAUUUAGUGCAUUCCUCUUAUGGCCUCCAUUGGCUUUCUAAGGUUCCUGAAGGACUUGAGAAGAACAAAAUGAUUGUGUACAUCACAGCUUCAAGUCCCCUGAGUGCAUACAAGGCUUACUUAAAACAAUUCCAAAGAGAUUUCACGACAUUUCUAAAACUACGUUCUGAAGAAAUGGUUUCUAAUGGACGCAUGGUUCUCACUUUCAUCGGUAGAAACAAUAUGGAUAAUCCAUUGCAUAGAGAUUGUUGUCACUUUUGGACAUUAUUAUCUAAAUCUCUCCAUGAUCUAGUGAUCGAGGGUCUUGUGAGUGCUUCAAAGGUAGAUUCGUUCUACAUGCCUUUUUAUGAUCCUAGCAAAGAAGAAGUUGAAAACAUCGUACGGAAUGAGGGUUCCUUUGAAAUCAAAGAUUUAGAGGCACAUGAAUAUGAUCUUGGCCAUUGUAACCAAGACGGGUCAAAGAGAAGUAAAUCAGGACAAAAUGAAGCCAAUUACAUAAGAGCGGUGAGUGAACCCUUGCUCGUGGCUCACUUUGGAAAUGCCAUUAUCAACAUAUUGUUUAGCAAAUUCGCACAUCAUGCGUCUCAACAUGCUGGUUGCAGAAACAAGACGACCGUUAGCCUAGUCGUUUCAUUGACUCGCAAAUAACUCCUAUUAUGUAAUAUAGUUUAGUCUUGGCGAGCUAUGUGAAGGUUUUUACAUUUUUUUUUUCUUACGUAUUACUUACUAUUCAUCGUCAAUCAUACAUGAAUUCCUGCGUUUUCAGUGUAGAUGCGGCGAAGCUGCUGAAUCUACCGCAUUCUCUUGGCCUCUUGUGUUCUCAAAAUGUAAAAUUGUUGUUCAGAAGCGUUUUUCAUGCUUUUGUAUUACCAAUUCAAUGUUAUCUACGACCU